GAAUAAAUGUGAAAAUGAACUGUUAAUUGGGCGUUAUUUUGAUUCUGAAAUCAAGGUGACGUGUCCGUUGGGCGCCAACACUUCACGGACCAUUACGCAUCUCCCCAACAUGAUGAUGAUGAGCCGUUAAUUCGACAAUAUCACAAUCCCAUCAAGCAGCAGGCGGGAGAGAAAUUUUAUAAAAAGCACCCAAAACUCUCCCAUUCAUCUAAAGCGUAAGAGGCCUCCCGUAACCAUGGAACCACUCCUCCUGCUCUGCACACUGUGUGCCCUUCUUCUGCCCACCCUGAACGCUCAGGCGGUCACCGGCAAUAAGGCGGCAAACGGCACCACCUGCCCGGAAGCGGACGUUGCCAUACGGGACGUCACCCCGCAGCAGUGUUGUGGCAGCUUUCUCGAGGCACACAAAGCCAUCAUCGACUGUAUGGGCAAAACCGGUACCGGCGCCGGUACAUCCUGCAUUGCGCACUGCAUCCUGCAGAACUUCCACACCCAGAAGCUGCUGGUCGGGUCGACGGUUUCGGUGUCGCAGAUGAUCACGAUCGGGCCGAAGCUGUUCGCGCACUACGAGCGCUGCCACACCGAUCUGUUCGAGUACGUGAUUGGUAAUGUGUUCGAUGGGGACUUUCGGCGCGUGAUUUGUGACGAGCGGUUGAACCGAUUCUUCGAGUGUAUGGUCAGGAGCUGGUUCGAGGACUGUUUGGGCUUCGAUGACGCGAAUCCUAAGUGUGGAGAACUGCAAAAGGUUGUCAAGUCGUCGAGCUGUAGCUUGAGCUCGUUCUUCACCAAACCCGAAACGGCGUAGUAGUCCUUGACAACUCUGUCCUUUGUGUCUUGUGUCAAAUCAAAAGGCAACCAAGAGCCGUUAAUAAACAUGUUUUGAAUUGAA